AUGGUGGGGAUCGACGGCCAGUUUAUUACAACAGAAGAGGAGGGAAGCUUAGAUGCACUCAAAUGCGCUGCUUGCAAUUGUCACCGUAGGAAAACUGAAGGAGGCGAAGCUUUCGUUUUUCACCACCACCACCACCACCAGAACCAGCAACAACAACUACUUCUUACCCACCACCACACGGACAUUUCAACUAUAGAAGCCCAAGUGGGUACCUCCACGUUGCUCACCUGUAGUAGCGGAGACUCUCCCUCACCUUGCCGUCGAGUUCAGGUGGUAGAGGGAAUGGGUCAAGAGAUAAGCUUGAGGACUACUAUUCCAACCCCAGAGCCAACUCAAGAAAGAAAAGGUUCCGAACUGUUAAUUGAAUUAACAGAUUCUAUCCUAGUCACCUCCAGCAUCACCAUCUGUGACUCCAGCAUCACCAUCUGUAACNAUUUUGCACUACUAAUGGUAUAG